GCCGGCGGGGCGGGCGGCCCGGGCCCCGGGGGGCUGCAGCCGGGCCAGCGGGUCCUCUACAAGCAGUCGAUCGCGCAGCGCGCGCGGACCAUGGCGCUGUACAACCCCAUCCCAGUCAAGCAGAACUGCUUCACCGUCAACCGCUCGCUCUUCGUCUUCAGCGAGGACAACGUCGUCCGCAAAUACGCCAAGCGCAUCACCGAGUGGCCUCCGUUCGAGUACAUGAUCCUGGCCACCAUCAUCGCCAACUGUAUCGUGCUGGCACUGGAGCAGCACCUCCCCGACGGCGACAAGACGCCCAUGUCCGAGCGGCUGGAUGACACAGAGCCCUAUUUCAUUGGCAUCUUCUGCUUUGAGGCGGGGAUCAAGAUCAUAGCUCUGGGCUUUGUCUUCCACAAGGGCUCCUACCUGCGGAACGGCUGGAACGUCAUGGACUUCGUGGUGGUUCUCACAGGGAUCCUGGCCACAGCCGGCACUGACUUUGACCUGCGGACCCUGCGGGCUGUGCGUGUCCUUAGGCCCCUGAAGCUGGUAUCUGGGAUUCCGAGUUUGCAGGUGGUGCUCAAGUCCAUCAUGAAGGCCAUGGUCCCACUGCUCCAGAUCGGCUUGCUCCUCUUCUUUGCCAUCCUCAUGUUCGCCAUCAUUGGUCUCGAGUUCUACAUGGGCAAAUUCCACAAGGCCUGUUUCCCCAACAGCACAGAUCCAGAUCCAGUGGGUGACUUCCCCUGUGGCAAAGAGGCCCCCGCCCGGCUGUGUGAGGGCGACACUGAAUGUCGGGAGUACUGGCCAGGGCCCAACUUUGGCAUCACCAACUUUGACAAUAUCCUGUUUGCCAUCUUGACGGUAUUCCAGUGUAUCACCAUGGAGGGCUGGACUGACAUCCUGUACAACACCAAUGAUGCAGCUGGCAACACCUGGAACUGGCUGUACUUCAUCCCUCUCAUCAUCAUUGGCUCCUUCUUCAUGCUCAACCUGGUGCUGGGUGUGCUCUCAGGAGAGUUUGCCAAGGAGCGUGAGAGGGUCGAGAACCGCCGGGCCUUCCUGAAGCUCCGCCGGCAGCAGCAGAUCGAGCGGGAGCUCAAUGGGUACCUGGAGUGGAUCUUCAAGGCCGAGGAAGUCAUGCUGGCCGAGGAGGACAAGAAUGCGGAGGAGAAGUCCCCUCUGGAUGUGUUGAAGAGAGCGGCCACCAAGAAGAGCCGGAAUGACCUGAUCCACGCAGAGGAGGGGGAGGACCGGUUUGCAGACCUCUGUGCUGUUGGGUCCCCCUUCGCCCGUGCCAGCCUCAAGAGCGGGAAGACCGAGAGCUCGUCGUACUUCCGUAGGAAGGAGAAGAUGUUCCGGUUCUUCAUCCGGCGCGUGGUGAAGGCACAGAGCUUCUACUGGGUGGUGCUGUGUGUGGUGGCCCUGAACACCCUGUGCGUGGCCAUGGUGCACUAUGACCAGCCGCAGCGGCUCACCACGGCGCUGUACUUUGCAGAGUUUGUUUUCCUGGGUCUCUUCCUCACAGAGAUGUCCCUGAAGAUGUACGGCCUGGGGCCCAGAAGCUACUUCCGGUCCUCAUUCAACUGCUUCGACUUUGGGGUCAUCGUGGGCAGCAUCUUUGAAGUGGUCUGGGCGGCCAUCAAGCCAGGAACGUCCUUCGGGAUCAGCGUGCUGCGGGCUCUGCGUUUGCUGAGAAUCUUCAAAGUCACGAAGUACUGGAGCUCCUUGCGGAACCUGGUGGUGUCUCUGCUCAACUCCAUGAAGUCCAUCAUCAGCCUCCUCUUCCUGCUGUUCCUGUUCAUUGUGGUCUUCGCCCUGCUGGGCAUGCAGCUGUUCGGGGGACAGUUCAACUUUCAGGAUGAGACCCCGACAACGAAUUUUGACACUUUCCCUGCGGCCAUUCUCACUGUCUUCCAGAUCCUAACAGGAGAGGACUGGAACGCAGUGAUGUAUCACGGGAUCGAAUCGCAAGGUGGAGUCAGCAAAGGCAUGUUCUCCUCCUUUUACUUCAUUGUCCUGACGCUGUUUGGAAAUUACACUCUGCUGAAUGUCUUCCUGGCCAUCGCCGUGGACAACCUCGCCAACGCUCAGGAGCUGACCAAGGACGAAGAGGAGAUGGAAGAAGCAGCCAACCAGAAGCUUGCUCUGCAAAAAGCCAAAGAGGUGGCUGACGUCAGUCCCAUGUCCGCGGCGAACAUCUCCAUUGCUGCUGCUUUUGUAAAGCACACUCGAGGUGCUGUGUCUCGCAGCUCAUCUGUCUCCAGCGUGAACUCACCCAGGCCGCAGAACUCGGCCAAGGCGCGCUCGGUGUGGGAGCAGCGGGCCAGCCAGCUGCGGCUGCGGAACCUGAGGGCCAGCUGCGAGGCGCUGUACAGCGAGAUGGACCCCGAGGAGAGGCUGCGCUACGCCACCACGCGCCACCUGCGGCCAGACAUGAAGACGCACCUGGACCGGCCGCUCGUGGUGGAGCUAGGCCGCGACGGGCCGCGGGUCCCCGCGGGAGGCAAGGCCCGGCCCGAGGGCACGGAGGCGGCCGAGGGCGCGGACCCGCCGCGCAGGCACCACCGGAGCCCCCAGGCUAAGGCCAGCAGCCUCCCAGAACUCCUGCACCUGGAGGGGGCUGCUCAGGACCAGCCCAGUCCAGGCACUUUCCCUUUCUGUACAUAUUGUGAUGCCAGCCAUGCCUGGUCUGUGCCAGGGACAGACAUAGAACCACACUGUGAGCUGGAGGCCAGUGGGAUAGUGGGCGUGGGCCCUGUGCAUGCAUUGCCCAGCACUUGCCUACAGAAGGUGGAGGGACAGCCAGAGGAUGCAGAUAAUCAGCGGAAUGUCACGCGGAUGGGCAGUCAACCCUCAGACCUGAGUGCUACUGUGCAUAUCCCAGUGACGCUGACCGCCCCUCCUGGGGAGACCACGGCUGUUCCCAGUGGUAACGUGGACCUGGAAAGCCAAGCCGAGGGGAAGAAGGAGGCGGAAGCUGAUGAUGUGAUGAGGAGUGGCCCCCGACCCAUCGUCCCAUACAGCUCCAUGUUCUGUUUAAGCCCCACCAACCUGCUCCGCCGCUUCUGCCAUUACAUCGUGACCAUGCGGUACUUUGAGAUGGUCAUUCUUGUGGUCAUCGCCCUGAGCAGCAUUGCCCUGGCCGCCGAGGAUCCAGUGCGGACAGACUCGCCCAGGAACAACGUUCUGAAGUACAUGGACUACAUUUUCACAGGGGUCUUCACCUUUGAGAUGGUGAUAAAGAUGAUUGAUUUGGGACUGCUGCUGCACCCUGGGGCCUACUUCCGGGACCUGUGGAACAUUCUGGACUUCAUCGUGGUCAGUGGGGCCCUGGUGGCAUUUGCCUUCUCAGGAUCCAAAGGGAAAGACAUCAACACCAUCAAGUCCCUGAGAGUCUUGCGUGUCCUGCGGCCCCUCAAGACCAUAAAACGGCUGCCUAAGCUCAAGGUGAGAGCCUGGAGCCGGUUCGACUGUGUGGUGACCUCGCUGAGGAACGUCCUCAACAUCCUGGUCGUGUACGUGCUGUUCAUGCUCAUCUUUGCGGUCAUCGCGGUGCAGCUCUUCAAAGGGAAGUUCUUCUAUUGCACGGACGAGUCCAAGGGGCUGGAGAGGGACUGCCGGGGUCAGUAUUUGGAUUACGAGAAGGAGGAGGUGGAAGCCCAACCACGGCAAUGGAAGAAGUACGAUUUUCACUACGACAACGUGCUCUGGGCUCUGCUGACACUGUUCACAGUGUCCACGGGAGAGGGGUGGCCCAUGGUCCUGAAACACUCUGUGGACGCCACCUACGAGGAGCAAGGCCCCAGCCCCGGGUACCGCAUGGAGCUGUCCAUCUUCUACGUGGUCUAUUUCGUGGUCUUCCCCUUCUUCUUCGUCAACAUUUUCGUGGCCUUGAUCAUCAUCACCUUCCAGGAGCAGGGGGACAAGGUGAUGUCUGAGUGCAGCCUGGAGAAGAACGAGAGGGCUUGCAUCGACUUCGCCAUCAGUGCCAAGCCCCUGACGCGGUACAUGCCCCAGGACAAGCAGUCGUUCCAGUACAAGACAUGGACAUUUGUGGUCUCACCUCCCUUUGAGUACUUCAUCAUGGCCAUGAUCGCCCUCAACACAGUGGUGCUGAUGAUGAAGUUCUAUGACGCACCGUAUGAAUAUGAGCUCAUGUUGAAAUGCCUGAACAUUGUGUUCACAUCCAUGUUCUCCAUGGAGUGCGUGCUGAAGAUCAUCGCUUUUGGGGUACUGAACUAUUUCAGAGAUGCCUGGAAUGUCUUUGAUUUUGUCACUGUGUUGGGAAGUAUUACUGAUAUUUUAGUAACAGAGAUUGCGAACAAUUUCAUCAACCUCAGCUUCCUUCGCCUCUUCCGUGCCGCCCGACUCAUCAAGCUGCUCCGCCAGGGCUACACCAUCCGCAUCCUGCUGUGGACCUUCGUCCAGUCCUUCAAGGCCCUGCCCUAUGUGUGUCUGCUCAUCGCCAUGCUGUUCUUCAUCUAUGCCAUCAUCGGCAUGCAGGUUUUUGGAAAUAUCGCCCUGGAUGAUGACACCAGCAUCAACCGGCACAACAACUUCCGGACGUUUUUACAAGCUUUGAUGCUGUUGUUUAGGAGUGCCACUGGGGAGGCCUGGCACGAGAUCAUGCUGUCUUGUCUCAGCAACCAAGCCUGCGAUGAGCACGCCAAUGCCAGUGAGUGUGGGAGCGACUUUGCCUACUUUUACUUCGUCUCGUUCAUCUUCCUUUGCUCCUUUCUGAUGUUGAACCUCUUUGUGGCUGUGAUCAUGGACAAUUUUGAGUACCUUACACGGGACUCUUCCAUCCUAGGGCCUCACCACCUGGACGAGUUCAUCCGGGUCUGGGCUGAGUACGACCCGGCCGCGUGUGGGCGCAUCAGUUACAAUGACAUGUUUGAGAUGCUGAAACACAUGUCCCCACCCCUGGGGCUGGGGAAGAAAUGCCCUGCUCGAGUUGCAUACAAGCGCCUGGUUCGCAUGAACAUGCCCAUCUCCAAUGAGGACAUGACUGUCCACUUCACGUCCACGCUGAUGGCCCUCAUUCGGACUGCACUGGAGAUCAAGCUGGCUCCAGCUGGCACGAAGCAGCAUCAGUGUGACGCAGAGUUGAGGAAGGAGAUUUCCUCUGUGUGGGCCAAUCUGCCCCAGAAGACCCUGGACUUACUGGUGCCACCCCAUAAACCCGAUGAGAUGACAGUGGGGAAAGUGUAUGCCGCUCUGAUGAUAUUUGACUUCUACAAGCAGAACAAGACCACCAGAGACCAGACUCACCAGGCCGCGGGAGGCCUGUCCCAGAUGGGCCCUGUGUCCCUGUUCCACCCUCUGAAGGCCACACUGGAGCAGACACAGCCAGCUGUGCUCCGAGGAGCCCGGGUUUUCCUUCGGCAGAAGAGCUCGGCAUCCCUCAGCAAUGGUGGGGCAGUACAAACCCAAGAGAGUGGCAUCAAGGAGUCUGUUUCCUGGGGCACCCAGAGGACCCAGGAGGUACCCUAUGAGGCAAGGACACCCCUGGAGCGUGGCCACUCUACAGAGAUCCCAGUGGUGCAGUCAGGAAAACCGGCUGUGGAUGUCCAGAUGCAGAGCAUGGCCCUGAGAGGUCCUGACGGGGAGCCCCAACCUGGACUGGAGAGCCAAGGACGAGCGGCCUCCAUGCCCCGCCUGGCUGCAGAGACUCAGCCGGCCCCCAACGCCAGCCCCAUGAAGCGCUCCAUCUCCACUCUGGCGCCCCAGCGCCCCCACGUGGCUCAUCUCUGCAGCGCUGCCCUGGACCGCGCCCCCGCCAGCCAGGCUGUGGCCCACCACCACCACCGCUGCCAUCGUCGCAGGGACCGGAAGCAGAAGUCCCUGGAGAAGGGGCCCAGCCUGUCCGCAGACACAGAUGGCGCACCCAGCAGCGCUGCAGGGCCAGGCCCACCCCCGGGAGAGGGGCCCACAGGCUGCCGGAGGGAGCGCAGACAGGAGCGGGGCCGGUCCCAAGAGCGGAGGCAGCCCUCUUCCUCGUCCUCAGAGAAGCAGCGUUUCUACUCCUGUGACCGCUUUGGGGGCCGUGAGCCCUCGCAGCCCAAACCCUCCCUCAGCAGCCACCCCACGUCACCAACAGCUGGGCAGGAGCCAGGACCCCCGAGACUGGGCGGAGGUUCAGUGAGUGGGAGCCCCUUGUUGUCAACAUCCGGUGCUAGCACCCCUGGCCGCGGUGGGCGGAGACAGCUCCCCCAGACUCCGCUGACGCCCCGGCCCAGCGUCACCUAUAAGACGGCCAACUCUUCGCCUGUGCACUUCGCUGGGGCACAGACCAGCCUCCCCACCUUUUCCCCAGGCCGGCUUAGCCGUGGCCUUUCUGAACACAAUGCUCUGCUCCAGAGAGACCCCCUCAGCCAGCCCCUGGCUGCCGGCUCUAGGAUCGGCUCUGACCCUUACUUGGGGCAGCGUCUGGACAGUGAGGACACUGCCCGCACCCAGCCUGAGGACACGCUUACCUUCGAGGAGGCUGUGGCCACCAACUCGGGCCGCUCCUCCCGGACUUCCUACGUGUCCUCUCUGACCUCCCAGCCCCACCCCCUCCGCCGCGUGCCCAACGGCUACCACUGCACUCUGGGACUCAGCUCGGGUGGCCGGGUGCGGCACAGCUACCACCACCCCGACCAGGACCACUGGUGCUAGGUGCACCGCCCCCCCCACACCGGCUCAGCGGCGCGUCCAUUCGAUGAGUUUUAUCAUCCAUGCUGGGCUCUCGGGGACGCUCAGGGGCAUCAAGGCGGGGGCAGCAGCCCCUGGGAGGAGGGGCCCCACCUUUGGGGCCAGCUUGGGGGGAGGCCCCACUGCUCCCCCCCACCGCCCCC